AUGGACUCCUUCAUCAAGGCCAUCCGCAGCCCGGGCGCCAUGCUGGGCGUCACAGAGACAGCGCCAAGUCGAAUGCCAAGAGACGGCGACAAGGCUGCGACGAUACCAGACAGCAGCACUCUGAUCAAGACCGACCCAGGCUACACCCUAGCCAAGAAAGAGAAGCUCUUGGACCGCUGGCUCGACAACAUCGUCCGAGCAUCGGGCUCUACAAUCGUCUUCAGCUGCAUUCAGCUCGGCCUUUGGGCGUGGGUCUUUGCGGGCGCUGGUGUGGCCCACGAUCCGCUCUGGCCGGUAUUGAUUUCGGAUGUGCAGGCCAUCCUCAGCUAUGCGUUUGAUUCGUGCUUGAUGCGGCAGCAGUUCAAUGGGUACUAUGAGAGCCUCACUGUUGCGGCUGAGAUUCAAUCGCGCGGGUUGAGUGUGAGGCGCAUGUUCAGGGAUCUUGCUGGACAGGUCGGACCUGAGGGGAUUGAGAAGGCUUCUCUGGCGGCGGGAAGGCUUGAGAUGUCUGAGUUUCAGUUGCCGGAGCCGACGAGGUGGACGAAGGCUAUUCAGGGGCUGGCGAGUAUCAUCGGACAUGUUGGGUUCGUUGUCUUUUACUGGGCUACAAUUAUCCUGUGGUUGGCAUUCGGCCCUGCGAACGACUGGAGCAAUCAAUGGCAGCUCGACAUCAACUCAGCGACGAGUGCGCUAAUGGUAUUCAUCUUCUCAUUCCUGGCGAUCCUCAGAGAGCGACAUUCCGACUACAUCCGGGCAUGCAUCGACGCCAUCUACCGCGUCGACUCGACCCUAGAACUCAAGCUGCGCGUUGUCACCAACGACCAAGCCGGCAAUCUACCCGUCGUCAUCCCGGCCUUGAGAAUGAAUCGCGUGCAACGGAUCAUCACGUACUACGCCGAUGUUGUUGGUGCUCUCACGGGAGUCGCACUGCUGAUUGUCGUCUUCGUCGCUUGGCUCGCCAUUGGACCAGUGCUUAACUUCGAUACCAACUGGUGGCUUUUAAUCGGGACCUACGCCGGCCUCGUUGGCCUUAUCGAUGGCUUCGUUCUGCGAAAUGUUCAGACCAAACUCCAAGGCCACGAAGAACCCCAAUACGUCAAGAUCGACGUGGAGGAUCGCGAGCUCUUCGCAUCACUAAACAUACCGCAACCAUCCCCCGAGCCUCUCAAUGUCCGACGUAUCAGCUUCAGAGUCUCGCAGGCUAUGGGCAGGAUCUGUGGUCAUGAAAUCAUGGUCGUGGCAGGUCUACUGCUCGUGUUCGGACUCUUAACGGGAGCGAGCGUGAUGCGUUGGAGCGAGACGGGACAGUUGCUCUGCAAUAUUCCGCCCAGUGUGAUUGAGUCUUUCUUCAUGAUCAUUCUUAUUACUGGGCAUAACGCUAUCGAAGCGCAGCGGAGGGUCGAUCUUAAGAAUAUCUUUGAGAGGCGAUCGAAGCUGUUGUCAGUUGUGGAUGCUGCGAGUGGUCUUCCCCCCGACUCGUCACUCUUUGCGUAA